UUGUUUUGGUGAUUACGUUUGGCGUCUGGUAUCAACUUCUACAAUUUCCCACGGCAAAAUGAGGCAUCUGUUUUAUCUUAAGGUCGCGUUUUUGCCAUUUUAAUUUAUCAUUGGUAAAGCAAAUUUGUUUUGUGCAAUGUGGGAUAAGUAAAAUGUCUCACAAGAACGAUAAGUGGGUUCGGCGAUUUCUAGUAACUGACCCCACUCUUCAUGCCAAACAGUUCACAAUAUACAAAGUGACAUCUGUCGUGUUUCCACGCGGCAUGCCAGAGGCAGCAACUAAGGUCAUCAUAUGGAAAAGAUACAGUGACUUUAAAAAAUUACAUGAAGAAAUUAAAGUGCUUUGUAAAAGCUUGAAAAUUCAAAACUUUCCCCGUCUGGAAAAAGCUACAUAUUUUAAAAGGUUUGACCCAUCAGUGAUUGAAAGCAGACGGAAGGCAGUGCUCACAAUGCUGGAAUUCAUCGCCGACAAUUCUCUGUUGUUCACCUCUGAUUUAUUCACAAAAUUUUUGCAGGGAAACAGCUACUUACCAGGAAACGAUUCAGGAAGUAAUGAUGUGUCCUCUGUCGAUUCAUCACUGCCUAAAAGUUCGGAUUUGGACAAAUAUCCUAAUGAUAGUGCAUCCCACUGCUCUACUGACUCUAGGUGUAGUUCUGCUGUAGAUAAUGAUUCUGCCAUCUACUCUUCUGUUUUAAGUGUCGAUGUGCCGUUUAUUGAUUCUCCUUCUGAUUCAGUUUCCCAUUUCAAGUUUGAUGCUAAAGAAUCACCCUAUCACCCAAAAUUGUCCGCUGAUAGUUUGUUAAGUAAUCAGUCUGUUGGGUCUGUGCCUUCGCCGAUGAUUUUUGAAAGUUCAAGGGACCAAAAAUUCAAAUUUGCUCCCUCUACUUGUAGUAUCCAUGAAAAAUUUGAAGAUGGUCUGAAUCAGUUUGACUCGGAUGUUGCAUGCCGAAUCAGCUAUCGUCAACAAGAUCUAAGCAGAUUUCAAAUCAUUGGUAUUCUCAAACAUCUCAUGUAUGUUCAAGACAGGAUCAGCAAGCAAUUUUAUCUCAUAAAGGGUGUUCCUAAGAGUGUUGACUCCAACAACUGGAACAAGGCCAAUAUCUUACCACAUUGUACUACGAAUAUGGUUCGCCUUCACCAUGCUGUGGAAACAGAUUCAUCUUUGUACCUUAUUUUGGAAUAUGUUAAACAUGUAAAACUAUGGGACCACCUAACCAAUUACUUCAAUCAAAGAUCUCAAAAAAAAGAGACGCCAACAGGUCCGCCAGAAAGACAAAACUCUCUUGCAACAAAAUCAAAAUUUAAUUGCCUGCUUGGUAGUCCUCUGCAUUCCAAUAAAUUCAAAGACAGUAGUGAAUUUAGUCAAAAAGAUAGCUAUUCUGAAUUGAUACGCAGUUAUCGUGCUGAAUCUCAAAAAAUAUCCACUAGUUUACUCAGUAUUCCUAGCAAAGUUCUGAAUAAAGAGCAAACUUUCAAUGAUGUCCUUGAAAAAAAGGUCAAGCAUUUAGAAUAUGAAACGCCUCUUUUGGAAACAGGGUCACAAGAAGAGGAUAAUUUCAACAAACUAAUGAAGAAGAUUGAUCUCUUUAUGGAAAGCAAAGAGAGAGAGACCUUUUCCAAAUCAACUCCAGAUAUUACCUCAAACUUAACCUCCUCUGGUGCUAAAUCUGAAUCGGAAGCAGCCGUGACUGAUGGAAAGUGGUUGACCUCUUCUGAAGUAUCCAAUAGCUUUAGUAACAAAUUCGAUAGUUCCUUAAUCAGUAUAGAUUCAAUUAGUGAGAGUUUGGACGAUGCAAGCUCAAAAUAUGUAGAUCAAGGUGACUCUAGUAGUAAGACAGAAGUAAUGGAAAACAAUUUAGACUUUAGUUUUAGUGAAAAAAUUUCUUUAAAGGAAACCAGCUCGAGGAUUUCUAAAUGUGACUCACAUUCAGUUAGUAAUGGCUAUGAUGAAAAUGACCAUGCAAGUGCAAUUAACCCUGAUAGUGAUAUUGAGUUAAUCAAAGACAGUUGUUAUAAGGUGCUCAACAAAAUUGAAGCUGUUCUCAAUAAAAAGACAGAUGAACAUCAUGAGGAUGCAGAGAGGAGUCUUGAUCCAUCUCAUCCAAAUCAUGCAGAAGAAAUUACCCUAACAGAAACAAACACGGAUGAUCUCAUUGAAAAAGCUCAACAGCUUCUAGACUCUGUAAAUGAAACAUUGCAACAGUGUGAUAAACAAGUGAAUAAUGAAAAUUCCCAUUCAACUAAAGUCACUAAGUACACAAAGAGUAUUAAACAUCACCCUAGUUUUGAAAGUAUAUUUGAAAGGAAUGCAAUUGUUGACUCGAGAAGUAUUGCUGCCUCAGCUGCCAUUAAACCUGUUUUAAGGAGUACUCUAAGUGAAAAAGGCUUGUUUGAAAAGAAAAGAGAAAAUGAGCACAAUAUUUCUUCAGUCAACACUGGAAGAAAGCUUGCUCAGGACAGGUCUGGACUGAUUUUUAAGGAAAAUAAUGAUUUGACUGUUGAUCUCACUACAAUCAGACGUGAAACUCGGAGAAAAUCUGAUGACUGGAAAACGGCUUUCUCAAACAUAGAACAUGCAGCUUUGUCACCACAGAUCGUGAUGAAUGAAGAUUCGACUUUCAAUUUUAAUAUGCUGUUUGCUGAUCCAGUUUCUGUCACGGAGGAUAAAAUUCGACUUUGGGCUGCUGAAAUACUCAUUGCUCUUGAAAAUCUUCAUCAGAGAGGCAUUGUUUGUUGGGACCUACAUCCUGAUAACAUCCUCUUGAGCCAUGAUGGGAAGAUCAAACUUACGUAUUUUUAUCGACAUAGUAAAGUUCUGCCCAUCUGGAGUUCGGUUGUUUUAGAGGGCUAUCAUGUUGCUCCUGAGUUAUUAGUGGUUCCUCCUGCUCCGCCAGAUGAAUCCCAAGACUGGUGGAGCUAUGGUGUUCUCUUGUUUCAUCUUUUAAGUGGGAAGAGUUUGUCAAGUCAUCAUCCUGAAGGUUUUCAUCCUCAUACGGUGGUUAACAUUCCAGAUACUGUUUCCAGUAGCGGAAGUUCACUCCUUUCCCAGCUAUUAAAAUAUGACCCCAGGGAGAGAUUAGGCUCUGGACCGAGAAGAGCUGAAGAAAUUAAAUCUCAUAGUUUUUUCAACAACUUUAAAUGGGGUUGACCAAUACAGUUUUCUCCACACACUUCCAAAUUUCAUUGGUAUGUCAUGUUUGAAACUUCAUACAGUUGUUAAAAAAAUGUUAAACAUUCCUAUUACCAUUUUAAAGAGCAUUUAUUCAAGCUCCGAUAAAAUUGUUCAUAGUAUUUGGAAAAGUAUUGUCUAUUCCUCUGCAGUCUUGUAAAGCCUUAGCCCUCUCAGUCCCUAUUGAAGUUGAUCUGAGUUUCUGCUUUAAAAAGAUUUAUAAGGAUACAACUGUACUAAGAUUCGUUGACUGUCAUAUUGCAUUAAUGACUUGUUUGUUCUAUUCAAAUGUUUAGAUUUUAUUAAGUAGAUUGAGGUUAGAAGCUGAUGAUUGAGCUGCUGGAUAACUACUUAUCCCAAUUUCUCAAGUGAGGGGAUUAGUGUCGCUAUUGCUAUGUAGUGCAGACAACAAUAUUUAAGGCUUGAAAAAUAGAAAAUUUAAUGUCAAAGAAAAAAGGGCAACUCAAAUUCAAAGACGAGUACAUACACUUUAAAUGAUGGAAUUCUCUUGUUUCAAGAUUUUCUGUAGAAACUGCAGAACAUUCAGGAAUGAUUUUGUUGGUAGUAUGAACCACUCUGUAUCUCGUCUAGUAUCCUGUUGGUUUGAUGCUGAAGAGAAUAUAUUUACAGUUAGCAGCUUUGGUUGCAGUUAAACAUAGGUAGAACUAUAUUUUGUUUAGGAAACGAACCAAUCUAAAAUAAGUACAAUACAAAAUGAAUAAUUUGCUCAAAAUAUUUAAUACCCAAUAAAAAUUCAAUGAAGAAAAAUUUUAAAAACAAGCUUGCAGUUGACAAAUUUCAAAUAAGAAAACUCAAUUACACGGAAAUUGCUUUCCAUUCUUGUUUUUCUUACAGAGGGCACUCAUCUUAUCCGUGGUAAUUUACGUACAUACACUCCCUUUUCGUUUAAUGUAAAAAAAUAAAAAUAUUCUUACAUUUAGUGGCUUAGGUGACAUUCAAAAAUAAAUAAAUAUAAUUGAAUAAUUUUUAACAAUGAACAAGCAUAAAAACAUUAAAUAAAAAAAUUGAAUAAAUAAAAUAAAUAUACCACAUAAACAAAAUGGCUGCAGUUUCACAUAAUCCAUGAGUCUGAUGAUUUUACCUCAGACUGAGACAAAGAAAGUAGACAGAUCUUACCUCAAAACCAAUCCUAGCAAGUUCCUGUUUAAUCUCAUCGGCAGAAUAGGAGUUAUCGGCUCCUUUAAGAACGGCUCGGAGAGCUUUUUCAUUUUUGAGGGAAUGGGUGAAGAAUUCGAUUUCAGUUCCUUCUAAAUAUUUUUGAAUUAGUCUAUAAGUUUGAGGGGUGUCGACUGUGACUUUGUGGUAUUGGCCAUCAUUUUUUACUACAAAGGAAUCCGGUUUAGCACCGGCCCUGUGAAAGUUUGAGACUAAAUUUUUAAGAUUGUCUACAAUUUCAAUAGAAAAGGGGGGAGGUUUAGGAAUCGGUGAGACACCGAUUCCUAAAGAAAAAAAUAUUCUAAAGAUUCUAAAAGAUCUAAGAUUCUAAAAGAUCUAAAAAUCUAAGAUUUCUAAAGAUUCCGAAGAAGAGACUUCUGGUAGUUCACUAAAUUUAUUGGUGAGUUGUGGUCCGUUAUCUUGGAUUUGGGAAGGGUCAAUAGGAGUUUGUUUAAACGACUGACUGUCCACUUUUAAGGACAGAUACUUUCUUUUCAGCUCUUCUUUUAAAGGUUGUGGAACUUCCUUCUCCUCCUUCUCGGGGAUCAAAUCCUAGUCUGUCCUGGCUGAUACGGAGCCUUCUCCUUUCAGCGUAUCAAAGAUGGGUUGUGCAAGCAGCUGAAAGCCUACACCGUUCAAUGCAAUGAAUGGACGACUAUCCUUAGUAAUGGUUGCCAAACAUGCCUUCUUCAACGCAUCCAAGUUCAUGACUAUUGACAAUGGAUUUUAGAUUCUCAACUCGGUGGUUCUCUUGUUGAAAAUUUCGUUGCAGAAAAGGAUGCUAAACGAGAUAUAGAGUAGAGUAGUAAAUAUUACCAACAGAUUUAAAUCUAAAAUGUAGAACUGGAAAUUAUAUUGUUUUGUAGCUGUUACAUUGGCCUUUAGAGGAAAAGUCACUCAAGCAAAAGAGGAAAUACUCGGCUCUAGGCGUCCUAAUUUUUCCUAUUUUCUAUUUUUAUAUUGAUUGUGUCCUCCUAUUUUGAAGUCUAUUGUUAGGCUCUUAUCUGGAGGGAAUUCCUUUUUCUUAGGAUUAUCUAAAUUUUUCAUAAAACUUGACUUGACUCUGCCUCAAGAUAUGAGAUGGAGUGAGAACUUGAGGUGGUAACUUACAAUUUUCAGUACAACAAAAAUAUUUGACUCAAACUCAAAAUUAUGUAUUUCCUGUAUAUGAGAAUAUCCGCUUCCUUACAGACUGCUGAGUCAAAAUUCUAUGUUAUAAUUCACACUUGAAAAGAUUCCUGGAAAGUUCGGAGUAAAUCAAGUCCAAAGCUGCCAGCAGUGCGGUUUUUGUGAAUAAGCUGAGUGCCAUCAUCUGUUUGCCUCUACAUGAAGCAAACCUUGUAAGUUAUGAUUUUUUUCUUUUCACGAAACGGUUAAUUUUUCGACAUUUUUAAGGACGAUUUAAAAUUUUGAAAUUAUAUGAAUAUAACAUCAUCUGGAUGAAUGCCGAAGCAGACUUAUUCCAGUUGCAUUGUCUUGUAACUUUCCAGCAUUUUUCUGUCUUUCACGAUUCCUUAUAACCAAACUUUAAAAUGCUCUUAAAGACUCAAUUUUUGGGUUUUUUUUUUGCGCCAAUUGUUUCAGAAUCUUGUCUCAUUUUAUAAAACUCUAUCCAAUUCAUUCAAUUUCAAUGUAAUGAGAGUCAAUUAUCUCAAUUGAAUUUUAUUUGAUACCUACAUUUCCACUUGGUGAAAAUUCAAAGGAAUCUAAUUUACCGAAAUGAGUGCCAGUGCUUAAGUACAUCAAUUCGAAUUUUUCUCAAUUAUUCCUGAUGUUGAUUUACGCCUUCUGUAGUUAUCAUCAAACAACAUUGGGACAUUGACAGAACUUAACUUCCAAGACCGUUUCUUAAUAUUUAUUUAUUAUUAUAUCAAUGCUAAAAGGAACCAUGUAACCCUAUGCUUAUAUGUAGCUCCUUUUAGCAUAAAUACGUCCACUUUUUUGCUCCAUAUCAUGACUUUAAAUGGAUAUGUAUGCCCAAAAUUAUGAACAAAUCAAAACAAUUUCAUUCCAAGUCUCCUGGAAUACUGGUUUUCUUCUAUUCAUUAAUUAAAGUCAGAUUUCUGAUUUUACUAAGGAUCCACUGAGGGGUAAAGACUUUGAAUUUGAUUACAAAGGUUUUUAUUGUAAUUAAAUAUAUUUUUCGUUUGGAUCAAGCAGUGCCCAUCCACCGUACAUUAAAAACUUCCUGAAAGUAAUUAGAUAGUGUUAAGUAUGUUUCACAGAAGAAUGGAAGGACGAUAUGAUGUAGAGUCAUGAGAACAUUUAUUCUGUAAGGGAUUUAAACAGAAAGCAAGCUAGGACGAGAGUAGGUAUAUUCACACAGCAUUGAUAGGUAGGUAUAUUAUACAGUAUUGCAUUAGGAUGGUCAAACAGAAAGGGUCCUUUGGUUUGUUGCGCAAGUGGACCACCGGCGUAAUUGCAGGGUUGCCAUAUACAUUGCUCUCAAAAGACUUCAAAAAUGAUAAAAAAGGGAAAAAAACAAUAUUUUUCUCAAUUUUAAUGAACAUCCGUUGUCUUUAGAGGACUAGGUAAUUUUUAACUUAUUCAAAAGAUUGUAAAAGACGUGGAAUACUGAAAGUGUUUAGUAUCAAUUUUUAUUCUAAAAAUUAUAGAAAAAUGUAUUUGUUUAUAAUAGCGAAAAUGCAAAGUCUGGAAAUCACUGCGAUGCUCUGAGUGUCUCAAAUAACUGCUGUUAUCAAAGAUUUAGAUAGGGGCAGCUCAGAAGGAAAUAAGGUCAAUUCUGAACAAGUAAUCAGUAAAACCUCCCCAGUCACAACUUAUUUAUCAGUCAGUACCUUUGGAACAGAAUUUAUUUUCUUGUAUCACCAUACUAAUUUAUUUAUAAGGAAUCUCUACAAGUCAAUCGUUAUUCUGUGCUAACUGAUAUUAUUGUGCCUUUGUGUAAAUGUGCAGGGUUCCCGUGAAUACCCUGUCAAUAUUGAAUUUUUAACCGAACUUGUUUUGGCAAGAGCUCAGAUACCUAGUUUUAUAAGAUCCCAUCACACAAUUAAUUGUCUUAUUUAACUCAUUUUAUGUUGUAGUUACUAUGAAGUCAAUUCUUAUUUUGUUUAACUAUCAUGGUGUGAUUAAUAGGAAUCUAUCCACUAAAAUAAUAUUGGGGUGCUUUCAUUUUUCAACAUGGACCUAAUUUGUUAUUGCAAAAUCCAUUUCUUAUCAAUUUUUUUUUUUUUUCUAAAAAAAAUAAGAAAAUAGUGCUUCUGAAAAAUCAUGUUAUUGAUCAGAAAAUAGUAUUAAAGAGUUAAAUGCCAUUUUAAUGUAAUGAGUCAACAUUAAUUGUAAGAUUUUUAGUGCUUCUGUGACUCACUUUGUUGCACAUGUUAUGUGUCGGUGUCAUUAUUAAUUGAGACCUAAUAAUUUCUAUGAGGCAAACCAGUACUGCUAUGUAACUGCAUAAAUUUGCAAAAUAUAGUUUAGCAAAGUUGCAGUGUCUUUGUGUACUUUCUAAAUUAUUAACAACUUUUCAAGUUUCUAAUUCCUUUUUUUCUCAUGUUAGCUUUUGGAUAGCUUUUUAGCGGUGGAUCUUUUUACCUCUCUGCACAAAACCACACAUAAUUUUACAAAAUUGACAAUUGCAUACAAAGGUAUUUUUAUGUGCUAUAUUUGGUCUUUGCCAUAAAUCUUGAGGAGAUUCUCAUAUAAACUGGGUCACUCAAGUAUGAAAUUCAUACUAUUUUUAGCUUUUAAACAACUUUUCACACAAGGAGGACGUAUUCAUUGGGAGCAAGUAUUGUUAUAAAUCCAUUUAGACAGCAGGAUAGAAAAAUUUAAUUAUAUGGUCGAUUGCUCGAAAUCACCUGAAGUUAGAUCGCAAGAGCAGCAAGAUCACUGCAGUCUCCUUUUAUUUUUUUAUUUUCGAAAACAGACAAUGCCUUUUCUCGAGCAGAUACAAAUAAAAAAAAAUAAAAUAAUGGAAAUAGAAUAAGCAAGGCAAACUUUUCAUUUCAGCAAUUCUGGAGAGCUUAGACGAAACUUUUCAGUAAGAAGAAAGUUACUUUCCGUACUUUCCUCCUGAUGAAUAGUGAACGGCUGUUACAGACGGUUUCUCUUCAGUGCUGAUUUUCAGGACACUUCGUAGGUGGCUUUUUUGUAUGCAUCAACUUUCUUUUCUCUCCGUUUGAUUUGGAUAUUAAAUCAGGAACUGAUCUGGGGUCCAAAAUAUGAGAAUAAAUGUAAUGGCAAACUUUUGCUUACUCUCUUUUUUUACUUAUCUUUUAAUUGUACAAAAGGUCUAAUUUUUUUAAAAAAAAUUCUUACUCUGAAACAAUGUUGCAGUUCAAAAAAAAUUAUCAAGAUAAAGACUUGCUUUUAUUUUUGGUCCUGAUUGUUAAAUUUGUGAAGUUCAGACUAUAAUCACUCCGGACUUUUCAGUCCAUCAUCAGGUCGAUACAAUAAUAGCGAUUGCCUGAUAAAUUUAUGAAACCUUUCAACCUGAAAGAAAAUUACUGAUCAGUAAAUUAUUGGAACAUUGGAAAAAGAUAAAUAUCACCUCCACUUUAAAGCUUUUGACUAGCUGUUAAACACCUCCUCGCAAAAUCUGUCAAAAAUAUAAGAAUGUUGUGUUGUUUCAUUUCCAUAUACAUCACAGUAUGAGUACCAUCACAUCGAUUUUAUAGCAGCAUUAUAUUUUAUUGUGUUAUAGACAGAAAGACGUCCACUUCAGAUCUUAACACGGUCGUUGGGGAAAAAUGACAAUAGAUGACUGAUUUAUUUAUGGGUGUGGUGAAUGAACGAGGAAAACACUGGUUGACUACACCAUAACAACUCUAUUUUAGAAUAACGCGGAACACAAAUGUGGCUAAUAAGUCGUGUAGGCAGUAAGGGCAGACCAUGGCAGAGACAAAUUAGACUAAACAUCCAACAGUUUGACUGGUGAGGAGGGCAAUUCUAACACUUAAAUGAUAUUUUAAAAUAAGCAUGGUCGAUCCUUUUUUGUGCGAUGUCAGAAACUGAGAAUCAGAGUUUUCUACUUUCCGUAAAAGAAUGAAAGAAGAAAAAUGAGUCCCUAAUUUUUUUAAUGUUUUUUCACUUUUUUCUUUUUUUUUCACAUCAAUAAAAGCUGGUAAAUGCUCAAUGUUGAAAAGUUUCAAUAAAGUGUCUGCCUUUCAUUUUUUGUGUUUGUUACUAAUUUUGUAAGAUAGGUGCAUUUUAAGAGGAAAACCAAAGACCUAUGCAAAACUUAUUGUUUGUGUUUUUAGAUUUGUUUCUUAACGAUCUAUUUUUAGUGUUAUUGCAUUAUUUUUGUUACAAUAUUACUCUGUACAGUCCAAAUAAAACAUUCUUUUUGUUAAAUA